AAUGGCAAUGGCAGCCAUCUGCAGCAGCAGCAGCAGCAGCAACAGCAGCAAAUGUUGCACCAACAGCAACAGUUUCAGAAUGAUUACGUUUGGGCCAAUAUCGGGAAUAUCAGUGGCAACAGCACCAACAUCAGCAAUGCACUGCAGCUGCAGCAACAGCGAGGCGCCUCCUGGAUAGCCGAAUGCAAUAAACAGCGCCACAUUACCAACAAUAAUAACAAUAUGAAUGUCAAUUACAAUCAGCAUUUGACGCAACAGCAACAACACAGCAACAACAGCAGCAGCAGCAGCAGUACAUGCAACCAUCUGAUGGAUCUCUUCAUAGCGGGAAAGAGUCCCCUGAGUCCCCUGAGUUCCUGA